AUGGAAUUUUCGAAACUUUCGCCAGGAUUUCUGGAAGAUGUUCGGAAAACGAAGGAUUUUGUCAAAGGAAUCAAGUUAUUUUGGGGAGAAAAGGCUUCGAGUGUUGAUGUCAAAUAUUUGGAUGAUUCUUUGAUGAGUGUUGAAUUCGAGAUGUUAUCCGAUGAUUCGACAAGGAUUAUUUAUAAAGAGUAAGGAUUUUUGGAUGAAAAAUGUGAAACUUUUCAUCUAAUUUUUUUGCAGCGCCACUGAUAUUUAUCACGAAAAACCGUUGGUUGAAAGAAGAAUGGCAGAUGUUGCUCUGAGAUGUUUCAAAAGUUUUAUGUCGCGCUCUGAAAAUAUCGAAGAGUUUGAGCUCGACAUGAUUAUUGAUUCGUUUCCAAUCGACAGAUUUUGUAUCGAAAAUUGGAAAAUGCUGAAGAGUUUUGAGAUUAGGAGUGAUUCUGAUUCUCGAAAUUUUAGUUUGGAUAGAUUAUUCGAGAUUGGAUUUAUCAGCCAGGAGAAGGUAUAUUUUUGAAAAAUAACAUUUUUCAAAAUGUCAUUUUUCAGUUGUUAUCGAUGGAAAAACUCAGUUUUGAUAAUAUUUCGAUGCGUGGAGAGCAAUUAUUGAGAAUCAAGUCGAAAAAAAUGCGAUUGACAAAUAUUGAUCCGAAAGUUUUGCAAACGUUUAUGAAAGCUUGGAAAACUUGUCCACGGCGUAGAAAGCGUUCAGAAAUCGAUGAAAAUUUCGAGAAAUUGGAAUUUGUUAUAAAAGAAGAUGAAGAAGUUAGAGAAAAUGUUUGGAAUAUUGCUUUUAAUGAAGCUCAAGUUAUUGGAAAUCACAAAAGAUUUUCGAAUCUUUCUGCUGGUCUCAAAUUUGAUGAAUACUUUAUUGGAAAUAUUUGGAUGGCUGACAAUUUGUUGACAAUUCAAAAAGAACGAACGAAUAGCAUCGUAGAAGUUCCGAAUUGA